UUUCUAACCUGCCAGAGCAGUCUCCCAUCCCAAGGUCUGACUGAACUGGAAGGAGACCUAGGAUUCACACCGGUCAUCAUUUCCCAGAUGCACAGAAUGGAAAGCACACUGAAGGCAUGCCUUCUUCACAUCCUUGAGGACCUUUUAGAGGAGGAGUUGGUUAAAUUCAAAUUUCAACUCACAAACAUAACUCUAGAUGAGGGAUACAACCAUAUACCUCGGGGCACUAUCCAGCAAGCAAACCCAGUGAAACUUGCUGAACUACUGAUCCAGUAUUAUGGGGAAGAAUACUCCAAGACUGUGACUCAGGAGGUCCUGAAAGCCAUAAACCAGCGCAACCUAGCAGAGAAGCUCAGCCAGGCAACGGAAAAAUCUGGAUCUUCCACUGAAAAAGUUGCAAAAAAGACAAAUAAGAGGAAGCAGGAGGAUAAAGCAGGACUGAAUGAAGAUAAAUGGCAGCUAAUGAUGUCAAAGAGAUUUAAAAAUAUCUUUCAAACAAAGUCAAAGAAAACACCCAAUGAAACUGCUUCUCACAGAGACACUCAACCAGUCAAUAAUAAGGAAGAAUCAAUCCAAAAUCAACACUUUCCUGACUUGAUCAAGCGGCUUAAUCUGGAAAGUUAUUAUCCCAAAAAGAUGACCAAAGUAAAUUCUCUUUUGAUAAAUAAGACCUUCCUCCAUGGCACUCAACCAAGCACUGAGGAGGAGCUGCCUUUUUGUUUUCUAGAGAAACUUUUGGUAUGAGAUUGUCAUUUGCGAUAUCAAGUUUACAGAGGUAAUAGAGACAGAACCCCUACUGUGUCCCAGACACUGAGAACCACAGAACUAGAAAAAUCAUUUGAGGACUUUUUUAUUGUCAAGGAAACACAAUCAACUACAGU